AUGGAUCCGCGCAACUCGAUCGCAGACAUUGCCGGACCGGCGGCUAUGGCCAAGCCAAAGGCGCCCCAGAGGUCGUACGCCUCGGCAGUCGGAGAGGAGGCAAGCUCGACUCGAGACGGAGCAGCAAACUCAUCAGGAACGGGUGGCAGCAAGAAGAAGCGCCAUCGCGCGGGUAAGAAGCGUCGCAACCGCAGACAGAGCUUCGCCGCUCCUUCCGAAUCCACCGUGGCCGAACGCGACGAGGACCAGGGCCAACGACCAUCCUUGACGACCAGCCGCCCUUCGGCAAACCAGACCAGCUUCUACCGCCUCAAGUCGGCAGCCCGGAGCAACACCAGCCUGGAGAGCGACGCUCUUCUCGAUCACCGUGAACACCAACCCAUCCGUCCCCGCCGAGCAAGCAUCCAACAGGCUUCGAGAAACAACGGCGGUCUGUUCCCGCGGAACCAGCGCAACUCACAGCAUGCCAUCUCUCAGUCAAGCCCAGUGAAGCCUCGACAGAUGAAUUAUAGCGACGAUGAAGAUGAAGAGGCUGUCACCGAUCGUACCCCCCUCAUCUCCCAGUCCUACUACGACCGUCCUCCUAUCGAACGCAAUAGAUCCGGCAACCGUGCCUAUGGUGGCACCCGUCGCAGACAAUCGGCCACCUCCCGCACCUCCAGCAAGAAGGGCAGAUACCCAAGCGAUAGCGACGACGAUUACGAUGUCAACAACCCUCCAUCAAUGCCAGGCUCCCCUAAGCUGGGAACGCUCGACGAUGUCAUGAUUGCUCAGGAGUUCUCAGGCUCCCCGUCAUCCGAAAACCGUGAUGCCAUCAUCAACAUUGACCGUGAUAACAACUCUGAUCGCUUCCCUUCUUCAUCACCACCCACUCCCGGUGCCGACGGCCGUAGACGCACUCUUGCUAACCUGGCCGAGAACGACGUCUGCUACCCUGGCAACAUCGCCGAGUCCGAGCUCGGUGAAGACGACCUGACACCUACCGACCAAGGCCAACGCCGCACUAGUCGUCGCAGACGCCAUCGUCAAUGGCCCGACCUUGAUGUUCUGGAUGAGUGGAGCCGCAUUGAAAAGGAGGAAAGAGACCACACCGAGCAGAUUCGCUCAAAGAAGAUCAGCGAGCCUGUCAUGGUUGGCGGCCGCCUUCGUCCCGCAAAGACUCAAUGGCAUCGUGAGGAAGACGACGCUCCAUACAGAUACACCUACUUUAACGAAACUUUCGAUGGCACCAUCCAUAGCAGGACUAUAUCAGAGCUCCGUCAAUUUGGCGCCACCUUCCGUGAGCUCUUCAACCCCGACCCACCGGAGCUCAGCGACGACAGCAGUUCCGACGAAGAUGAUCAUCCCCCACAGGAACUGCCUUCAGGUCGUGAGUCGAGGAUGAGCUCAGUCGCUGGUGAUGGAAAGGCUCAAGACCGCUCUGCAUCAGCUACUCCCGCCGGAUCUCGUCCCCGCAUACUCAAGGAGAAACGCUACGGUCCCCGCCCCACAUUCUGGCUUGAUGUCCUCAGUCCGUCUGAGACGGAAAUGAAGAUUCUGGCAAAGUCAUUCGGCAUUCAUCAGCUGACGGUAGAGGAUAUCAUGAUGCAGGAACCUCGCGAAAAGGUCGAGCUGUUCCAAAGCUACUACUUUGUGAACUAUCGCAGUUUCGAGCAAGACAAAGACAACGAGGAUUACAUGGAGCCUGUCAACAUGUACGUUGUCGUUUUCAAGGACGGUGUCAUCAGUUUCCACUUUUCCAUGACACCUCACCCUGCCAACGUCCGUCGUCGUAUUCGUCAACUCAACGACUACAUGUCUCCGACAGCAGACUGGAUCUCAUACGCCAUCAUUGAUGACAUUACAGAUGUGUACGCUCCGUUAGUCCAGGUCAUUGAAGACGAGGUUGACGAGAUUGACUACGAGAUCCUUGCUUUGCAUUCUUCCGAAGAGAACUCAGACGACAAGGCCAAAAAUAGUGCAAAGGCCAAGGAGCUUGAGUAUGAAAAGAUGAACAAGGUCGCCGGAAGCGAUAAUCAAUCCGAAAAGGGAGAACGCACUGCUGGUGACAGUGGUGGUGAUAUGCUGCGCCGUGUCGGAAACUGCAGAAAGAAGGUUAUGAGUCUUUACAGACUCCUUGGUAACAAGGCAGAUGUCAUCAAGGGCUUUGCCAAGAGGUGUAACGAACAUUGGGAGGUCGCUCCCAGGUCUGAAAUUGGCCUGUAUCUUGGCGAUAUCCAAGAUCACGUUGCCACCAUGACGGGUAACUUGUCACAUUACGAGAACUUGCUCUCGAGAGCACAUGGCAAUUACCUUGCCCAGAUCAACAUCCGAAUGAACGAGCGUGCAGAACAGACCAACGACGUUCUAGGAAAGCUCACUGUGCUUGGUACUAUCGUUCUUCCUAUGAACAUCGUCACCGGAAUGUGGGGAAUGAACACUAAGGUACCAGGACAAGACGGCGACGAUCUGACCUGGUUCUGGGGUCUUACGGCUGGUCUGAUCGCUUUCGGAAUGACCAGUUACUUCAUCGCCAAAAGAAUCUAUGGCAUUGUCUGA